AUGGCAAUGUUGUCGGUGUUGUCUUACAUUGUGGUUUCCGUGGUAUUGCUAGUGUUCAGUCUCAAGUACCUUCUCCAAACCAGAAAACUCAGGAACCUCCCACCGGGACCCACUCCUCUGCCCAUAAUAGGGAACCUUAACCUCCUCGAACAACCCAUCCACCGCUUCUUCCAACGAACCUCCAAGCAGUACGGCAAAAUCAUUUCCCUGUGGUUCGGCUCCCGUCUCGCCGUCGUCAUCUCCUCACACUCUGCAUUCCAAGAAUGCUUCACCAAACACGACCUUGCCUUGGCCAACCGCCUCCCUUCUCUCUCCGGCAAAUACAUCUUCUACAACAACACCACCGUCGGCUCCUCUUCCCAUGGUGACCACUGGCGCAACCUCCGCCGCAUUACCGCCCUCGACGUUCUCUCCACCCAGCGCGUCCACUCCUUCUCCGGCAUCCGAAGCGACGAAACCAGGCGCUUGAUUCACAGGUUGGCCAGAAACUCCCGCGAGGGUUUUUCUCCCGUGGAGAUAACCUCCAUGUUCAACGACUUGACCUACAAUAACGUGAUGAGGAUGAUAUCGGGGAAGAGGUUUUACGGGGAAGAAAGUGAGAUGAAGAACGUGGAGGAGGCCAGGGAGUUCAGAGAGACUGUGGCGGAGAUGCUGCAACUCAUGGGCUUGGCUAACAAGGGUGAUUACUUGCCCUUCCUAAGGUGGUUCGAUUUUCAAAAUGUGGAGAAGCGGUUGAAGAGUAUCAGUAAGAGGUACGAUACCAUCCUGAAUAAGAUCAUUGAUGAGAACCGUAGCAAGAAGGAUGACCGUGAGAAUUCCAUGAUCGACCAUCUCCUGAAACUCCAAGAGUCCCAGCCUGAGUAUUACACUGACCAAAUCAUCAAAGGCCUUGCUUUGGCUAUGCUUUUUGGAGGAACAGACUCAUCAACGGGAACUCUAGAGUGGUCGUUGUCGAAUUUAUUGAAUCACCCAGAGGUGUUGGAGAAGGCAAGAGAGGAAUUGAAGAGGGAAGUAGGGGAGGAGAGGUUGUUGAACGAGUCAGACCUUCCAAAGCUUCCUGUUGGAGGAUUCACUGUCCCACGGGACACAGCAGUGAUCGUCAAUGGUUGGGCCAUGCAGAGAGAUCCUGAGUUGUGGGAUGAGGCCACGUGCUUUAAACCUGAGAGGUUUGAUGUGGAAGGAGAGGAGAAAAAAUUAGUGGCAUUCGGGAUGGGAAGAAGGGCUUGCCCAGGAGAACCCAUGGCCAUGCAAAGCGUGAGCUAUACUUUGGGAUUGUUGAUUCAAUGUUUCGACUGGAAACGAGUGAGUGAGGAAAAGCUUGAUAUGAGGGAGAAUAACUGGAUCACCUUGUCCAGGUUGAUUCCAUUGGAGGCCAUGUGCAAGACCCGUCCACUCUACAAUAAAAUUACAACCCAUUAA